AUGCGGCCCCAACGGGAAUAUCAUAUUGUGGUUUUGGGUGCUGGAGGAGUUGGAAAGAGUUGUUUAACGGCCCAAUUUGUCCAAAAUGUCUGGAUCGAAAGUUACGAUCCAACAAUUGAGGACUCAUACCGCAAGCAGAUUGAGGUUGAUGGGAGGCAAUGUAUACUGGAGAUUUUGGAUACUGCAGGAACAGAACAGUUCACGGCUAUGAGAGAGUUAUAUAUGAAGCAAGGCCAAGGCUUCCUACUUGUCUUCUCCAUUACUAGCAUGUCAUCAUUGAACGAGCUUUCCGAACUCCGAGAACAAAUUAUCCGAAUCAAGGAUGACGAGAAGGUGCCCAUUGUGAUCGUCGGCAACAAAUCAGAUCUCGAGGAUGACCGAGCUGUGCCUCGAGCUCGGGCCUUUGGACUAUCACAGAACUGGGGUAACGCUCCUUACUAUGAAACCUCUGCUCGCCGCCGCGCCAAUGUCAACGAAGUUUUUGUUGAUCUCUGCCGCCAAAUCAUUCGCAAGGACCAGCAGGAGCCAGGUUCUAGUGUCGAUACCGCCCGCAACAAACGAGAAGGUCCCUCACGCGACAGAAAGAGAGAGAAUAGGUCAACACGUCGCCGGGGCCCAUGUGUCCUUCUGUAG